CUGUAAGCUGCCAUGUGGGUGUUGCGAACCAAUACUGGGUCCUAUGUAAGAGCAGCCAGUGCUCUUAACUGCUGAGCCAUCUCUGCAGCCCGUUUCCCCAUUUUAAAUAGGAGAGAAGCCUGGUGGCUGAAAGAACUGUCCUCCCUCACAUUCUUUUUUCCCUGUGUAAGGCCUGGCAGAAGCAAGCCCAGUCCAAACCAGCCCCAUCGACCUGUGUACCUAUUGGUUUCUGCCUGGAACUGUUUCUGGGUGGUGCACACAGAGGUCCAGAUGCAUGGGUCUGAGAACUGCCUUUCAGAUGUUGUCUUACCAGGCCACAUCCUAUUUGGGGGUUCCACAUGGCCAUUCCAGUUGCCCCUGAAGCCCAAGGUGGAAAGCACAUUCUAAUAUUCAGGUCUUGAGGCCUCUCAUCCUAAAUCCUAUUUUUAGCAUUUUUAUUUCCUUCCUAAUUGGCCUCUGGGGCUGCCCUACAGCUUCAUGCUGUGUGGGGAACCUCGGUGGGCCAUUGUCACUCCUGAACACCAAGUGUUAAGUUUUUAUCUGUCCAGUCAAGUCAGGAGGGUAGACAGGCAGGCCCUGACUUUUAGUUGAAGCCCUGGGGCCAAGGUACUUAGAUGACAUCUCUGUCCAGCAUGGGCUUUCUUAUCUCUGACAGGUGAGAAAACUGAGCUUUCGGGAUUCUGAACUGUAGUCAUAACACUGUAGGUGGCAGGUGUGAUGGUAACCCAUGUCCCCACAGAUUCCAAAGCCCACACCGUUUUGUUGCCUUUCUGAAGCAGCCUUCGAAGAGAGGCUGAGUGUUGAGAAUGAACCUUUAGGACGUCCGUCUUGCCUCAGGCUGACUGAAUCAGAAUCUGUGGGGGUCGACCCAGAUAGCGCUGUUUUUUUAGGGCUCCCCAGAGGGUUGCAGUGGGCAGUGCCCCCUAUUGUAACAGGCAGAGACACAGCACCUCCUCUAAGACUUUCCAGGUGCGCCUUUCACUGCGUAAUCGUUUUCGCUUCGCGAAAGCAAAACUCAAAACCAGAGCGGGUGGGGCUGCCCAGAGCGCUCCAACCUGGGGAGGGUCAGGCGGAUCCUGCGCUCCCUGCGGUCCGGACCCCGCUGAGCUCCCGCUCAGGUGCGCGGGGGCAGGAAGCCGUCCCCUCUGGUGGCCCCGGUGCGCUGGGCUGUUGCGCCAUCGGUCGGGCUUUCGUAACUGCACACCGGGCCUGCCAAGAGGCGCUUCAGUGCCAGUUCCUCAAACGUUUUCCUGCGUUGCCAGGACGGUCCUCGGCUCUGAGUCAUGGGCAAGUGGGAAGUCGUCGCACGGACAGCCAGCGAGCGCGGCGAGGGGCCGAACAGAGAGUGCUUCUGAGCCGGGGACCACGACUUGCCCCGGGGCUGAGUCCUCCCGUCGCCCCGCCCAGGCCGAGCAGUCAUCCCGGCUCCGCACGGCUGCGGCCUGCAGAAGGAAGCAUGCUGGCCGUACGCUGCGCGCUGCUGACCGCGCUGCUGACCGCGCCCUCCGCGGCGGCCUCCCGGAGCUGCCGAGCGCUCGAGGUGGCAAAUGAUACGGUGGCGAGUCUGCCGGGGGCCACUGUCACCCUGACCUGCCCAGGGAUGGAACCAGAAAACAAUACCACUGUUUACUGGGUGCACAAUGGCUCAAACCUCAGAAGAUGGGCUAGUGUGGGAAGAAAUCUACUUCUGAGAUUGGUGCAGCCCAGCGACUCCGGGAACUAUUCAUGCUACGUGGAUGGCCAGCAAGCUGGGACUGUGCGCUUGCUGGUAGAUGUUCCUCCAGAGAAACCCAAUCUCCACUGCUUCCGGAAGAAUCCACUCAUGAACGUUGUUUGUGAGUGGCGUCCUCAUCACAAACCCUCUGAAACGACCAAGGCUGUGCUGAAUGUGAAGAAGCUCAAGCUCAGUUUCACGACUGAGUUCCAGGUGCCCUGCCAGUAUUCUCAGGAGUUCCAAAACUUCUCCUGCCAGGUGGCAAUCCUAGAGGACAAUAAUGCUUUCUACGUAGUGACCCUAUGCGUGGCCAACAGUGUCGGAAGCAAGUCCAGCAAUGAUGUGUCAUUCGAGGCCAUAAGAAUAGUGCAGCCUGACCCACCUGUCAACCUUGUGGUCACAGCCAUGCCGGGAAACCCUCACUGGCUCAAUGUCAGCUGGCAAGACCCUGAGUCCUGGGACCCAUAUUACUACCUGCUACAGUAUGAGGUUCGAUACCGGCCAGAAUGGUCAAAGACAUCCACAGUGUGGUUGAUCAAGAACCUCGAGAAGAAACCCAAGAAGACCUAUCAUCACUGCAUCAUCCAGGAUGCCUUGAGAGGCAUGAAACACGUGGUGCAGAUCCGGGGAAAGGAGGAGUUUGGGAUUGGCAAGUGGAGCGAGUGGACCCCGGAGGUCACGUGUACUCCUUGGAUAGAUACCAGGAGCACUCCGAGGACCCCCACGGAGCCCCCUGAUGAAGAAGACUAUGACGAGGAUCUCUACAGAAUUUCUACAGGAACAACAGAGACCCCCGGUCAAGAAUCUUCCUCCGCAUCACUGGCCACAUUCUUGGUGGCUGGAGGAAGUCUGGCCUUUGGAUUGCUCCUUUGUGUUGGUGUUGUUCUGAGGCUCAAGAAGACAUGGAAGGCACAGGCUGGAAAAGAAUGCAAGACAAACUCACCCCCACCAUACUCCCCGGGACAGCUGAAGCCCACUGUGGUGCUUGUUCCACUCCUCACCCAAGCAGCGCCCCCCCGCAGCAGCAACACCUUGAGCCACAACUGCCCAGAUGCCGGGGAACCACAGAGCCCUUACGACAUCAGCAACAGAGACUACUUCUUCCCCAGAUAACUGUCAGGGUGGUGCCUGGUGGCUAGGUGUCAGCUUUGCGACUGUGGGUAUCAGCACAGCACCAGGAGACUCAGCACAUACUUCUCACUGCCGUUCCAGUUCAUCUCAGGGCCGGGGCCUUUAGCCUCACUAUUCCACAAGAGCCUGCAGAAGGUUCUCAGUGGGGAGACCAGUUUGCUGCAUCUGCUCUGAAGGAAGAGGUGGUUGCAUUUUCAAACUUCCUUUCCAAAUGGACUGCUUACAGGGGUCAUCAAGACCUCAGGUCACCAUGAAGAGAGCCUGUAGUGACUCUGUAUAGAGGAGGUGCUUGUCACCCACACAGCUGAUGCAUGUUCAUUAGCUCUCCUCUCAGGAGGAUGGCCUCAGGUAGGGGUACCAAAGGCUGCCCUAAUUACCUGGCAUCUGACUCACUGCCUCCUCCCAUCUUCUAGCUCGAACUCUUAAAACCCAAGUGCCUUUGCCAUUCUGUUUUUCUAGAUAUUUUGUACCCAUAAAGGCUGGGGAGAAAAGCUCUUUCCAGCUUUUCUUCUGCACACUUGGCCCAGUCCUGGUGAAUAAUAUCUCAGGGCCUGAUGGUUUUAAGUAGAAUGUUAAUUAGUUCCUCAUUAGCAUUUUGUAAAUGUGAAUGAUAAUGCUAGGCACUGCUGACUGUAGAAGUUGGAUUUCCUUCUUUGAUCUCAGGACUUCAAGAAGUAGGGGAGGGGGACAAGCAUCCACCAUCUCUGUCAUUGCUGAGGGGUCACAGCCUCUGAAAAACAAUGUUUUCUGCCUCCCAUUCUAAAAAAGGAGGUUUUGUGGUAGCGAGAGAGGAGCUGGGAGCACAGGCUUUACUCCAGCCUUGCUGAUUCUGGAUUCAACUGGACCUGAGCCACUAGGAAAGAUGAUAUUCACGCAAAAGGAAAAUCUUAAUCGGCAAGAAUGUGCUUUAAUUUAGCUUUUUCAAAAACUGCUGCCUGUUUUCUCUGGGAUGCUGGAAGACUCUGUAUUGACUGUGUGCUGAUCUCUAAACCACUUGGGGGAAAGCUCAAUAGCUUUGUUUGGCACAAAACUAAGUCAACUGAAAAAGGAGGAGAAAAUACUGUCCUGUUGUAGAAAAGACUCUGACUUCAUUGUACAUUUUCUUUUUGUCUUAAAAAAUGCAAAAAUGGGCUGCCUGUACUAUACUUCAGGGAAUAAGCAAAUAAGCAGCCCGCCACUGCUCCAGAGGCUGAGGAAGGAAAGGGUGUCCUGCUUCCUGUUGCGCCUCACUGCCUUAGGGUGGAUUCCAUCCUGCCCAAGCAGAAGCACUGGCCUCUGUGCCUCAGCUGACUUGCCCCUGGGGCUUUGAGAAUUCAGUAUGUUAGUGGUCACCCAGCUGACCACAGAGUGGCGCUGUGAUUGAAAUGAGUUGUGCAACCAGGAACCCCCAAAUUUACCAUAUACAAACCUUUGCAACAGCUGGGUGUGGUGGCGCAUACCUUUAAUCUCAGCAGAGGCAGGUGGAUCUCUCUGAGUUCAAGGCCAGCCUGGUCUACAUAGUGAAUUCCAGGCCAGCUGAGGCUGCAGGGAGACCCUGUCUCAAAAAGACAAAAAACAAAACAAAACAAAACAAAAAAAAAACCCACCACCACCACCAACAAAACUUUGCUAGUACUUUAUCCUUUCAGAAAAUACCACCCCCAGGAGACAGGUGGCAAAGGAUCACUGUCCUGGCUGCUUGCUAGCUUCAAGGAAAAUAGUGAUUUUCAUGUGGGCUUUGUAUAUUUCAAGGCCCUUGGCUGUCUUAGAAAAAAAAAUGUUGUAAAUUGACAAAAAUCAGGGAGGUAUUCAUGAUCUCUUCCCCACCCCCACUCUCGCUGUCUCUCCCUCCCUACCUUCUUUGUAAGGUUUCUGGGACUUGAGAGUAGCAAAGAUGCUGUGAAAGGGAAAUAUUAGAGAGGACGAUUUACGUGGGAAAGGUGACUCUACCCACGCUUCUUCAGUUCUCAUGGUUUUGCCCACAUGUUGUUACCAAAGCCAGGCGGCUGGUGGAAGAGGUAAAAUCCAGAUCGCUCAUUAUCUCUGAGAGCUAGGCAGCUUUGAUCUCUUAGGUUGUUAUUACUUUCAUUAUUAUUAUAACGGAAUCUCCUCUCUCUCUCUCUCUCUCUCUCUCUCUCUCUCUCUCUCUCCCCCCUCUCUCAAGGAUGCUUUCUCCCUUAACUUUUUAUAAGCUGAUGCUAAUGAAGGGAAAGUCUUCAUUUCCUCUGGGCUCUGGCUUUGCUCAGUGCACAUGGAUAUACACCCUCAGCUUCCUCCCACCUCAUAUCUGUGCCAGCUCAGUGCACGUCUCCAUCCAUGUGUCGUUCUUACUGGAGUUUCUACAGCCACAGACUGUCUUGCCAACAGCACCAUCACUCAACAUCUGUAGUCAGCAACUAUGUGGCCAGAUGUAAAGUGUUUAGACAGAGAUAGUUUAAACAUAACCUUUCCGGCAGAGUAGGAAAAGUCGAAGACAUGCUGAAUCUAGUUCUGAAGUGAUCGUGAAUUCUUAUGGCAUUAAUAAACGGUUUUAAACAUUUGCUUCAUUGGCAGUGCACACAAGGCCUUGCCCCUGCAGUUUGUCACCAGGCCCUACGCUCACACUGAGUCUCUGCCAUGUCUCUGCUGUCCUGGGGGAUGGGUAGAAGAAACUACUGGAGCUGGGUUGGAAUCAAGUAGUGGGGAGCAGAGCCAAGCAGGGCAGGCUUGGGCUAGCCAUGGUGUGCAGGUUUCAGGAAUGCCCAGGCCACCUGGCUGCUUUGGUGCUGAGCUGUAGAGUUUCCUAGUAGUUCCUUAUGGCUGACCUAGUUGGGGAGGAGUCCCACACCCAGCUGCAGGUGGAGGUAGAGAGAAAUCCAUCUUAAUUUGGAAGGCAGCAUCAGCCAGGAUGUCUCUCCCUGUUGCAGCCUGAAGUGGGGCUGUGACUGGAGGAGGCAGGCCAGCUGGCUCGGUUCCUGAGCCAGGUGCUGGGGAGGGUCCACCAAAGAUCCUGUUAUCCUCCAGCCCUAGUGUGGUUGGGUGCCAGUUUCCAUGGCAACAUUAAUGAUUAUUAAGGAACACUGUCAGUUUUAUAAACACAUGCUCAGAUGAAGAUCUGCUUUGCAAGGAAAGGACUGAUAUAGCCUGUAACAAGCUGUAAUUAACAGAGAGACCUUGGGUAGAGAUCACAUCUGUUAAAUAGAAUACCUCAAUGCUACACUCUUUUUUUUGGAAAAAAUAAUACUGUUAAGGUCUUUACCCUUGAGUUACCUGAAGGCAGACACCCAAGGCUGUAUCUGUGUAGUCAGUGGGGUCUAUUUUCAAUGCCUUUUCUUCUUGCCACUUAUUUGCAUUCAAAGUGAAAAUUAUAAAUAUUUGAAAUAAAUAAUUUCUAAAACUACA